AUGGCUAAUACAGGAGCCAAUGCGGGGAAUUACCGUCUUCCGACGAACGUGAGACCGACGCACUACGACAUCACUGUCCGGACGGACCUCGAGAAGCUCGCCUUUGACGGUUUCGUAUCCAUCGACUUGGAUGUCGUGGAAGAGACAUCCUCCAUUGUCCUAAACUCGGCCCACACCCAACUUGGAGAAGCAUCCGUUUACUCUGAAGCGUUACGGACGGAACAGAUCCAGGCCUCCGCGAAUGUAGACUCCACGACAGAGCGUCUUACUGUGCGAUUUGGCACGCCGUUACCGGCGGGCUCCAAAGCUCAACUGCGGAUCGGCUUUACCGGUGAACUCGAUGGAAGCAUGGCUGGUUACUACAGGUCCAAAUGGACAGGCCAAGGCAAAACACAAUACUAUGCGUUGACGCAGUUCGAGCCCACAGCCGCUCGGAAAGCAUUCCCUUGCUGGGAUGAGCCCCUGCUGAAAGCCACGUUUGCUGUCACUAUGAUCUCCCGCACUGACACCGUCAACCUGAGCAAUAUGCCUGCUAUCUCGGAGGAGUUAUACGUUCCCGGUGCAUUCGCAGACUCAAUGAAGAAGUCUCCUGCUCUGGCCAAGUUCCUCGCUUCUCUGGGUACCGGAGACCAAGCAGACAAGUGGAAAAUCACACGUUUCGACACUACUCCAAUCAUGUCAACAUAUAUUGUUGGGUUUGCCAACGGACACUUCGAGUACCUGGAGAGCUCGUAUACAAGUACCAAGGACUGCAUUCAUCAGACGCAAUUUGCCCUCGACGUCAAAGCAAAAGCGCUGCCACUAUAUGAACAAAUGUUCCAGGUGGAGUAUCCACUGCCCAAAUUGGACACCUUAGUCGCUAGCGACUUUGACGCCGGUGCUAUGGAGAACUGGGGUCUGAUCACUGGAAGGACUUCCGCUUUCUUGGUGGACCCUGACAAGGCCGAUCUGCAAGCGAAACUGAACGUUGUAGACACUCAGUGUCACGAAGUGGCCCAUAUGUGGUUCGGAAACAUAACGACUAUGGAGUGGUGGGACAAUCUGUACCUCAAGGAGGGUAAGGAUGCCACUUACUGGUGUAUAUUGCAGAUGGGAGAAGUCAUCCUUCCAAGUACCAGGAUUUGGCCGGAGUGGAAGAUGGAAUCGCGCUUCAUCAAUGUCCACCUGGUUCGCGCUCUGAAUUUGGAUGCAAAGCUGUCUUCACAUCCCAUUGAAGUGGAGUGCCCCGAUGCAAACAAAAUCAAUCAGAUAUUUGACUCGCUGUCAUACUCCAAAGCUGCAUCAGUCCUCCGCAUGCUAGCGAGUUACAUGGGCGAAGAUCGCUUCUUGAAAGGAAUUUCCUUAUACCUCAAGAAGCAUUUAUAUGGUAAUACCGUGACGAAAGACUUGUGGGAAGGAAUCGCUGAGGCGACUGGCGUCGACGUCCCGAAGGUCAUGGAUAACUGGGUGUCAAAGAUGGGUUUCCCGGUCAUCACCGUGUCUGAAACAGAGAAGGGUAUCCAUGUCCGCCAAGACCGCUUCCUAGCAUCAGGUCCUGCGGAGCCCAAGGACAACGAGACCAUUUGGACUGUUCCCCUUCAGGUCGUCUCUGUAAAUGAGCAUGGUCAAGCCGUUAUAAACAGAGACGCAGUCUUGGAUGUGCGGGAGAGGACCAUUCCUUUUGAUACCAACAAGCCUUUCAAACUCAACGCGCACAACACAGGUGUCUAUCGAGUUCUCUACUCUCCGGAGCGCCUCGCCAAGAUAGCUUCGGAGGCGGCCAAGGAGAACUCAUUAUUCUCUCUCAGCGACAGGAUGGGCUUGAUUCACGAUGCUAUAGCACUCUCCAAGGCCGGUUUUGCGAAGAUUAGCAGUGCUCUCACACUGAUGGACAUACUGAGAAAGGAGAAAGAGUUCCUCGUCCGUGAUAGCAUAGCUGAUAAUCUUUCUGACCUGCGAAAGAUCUGGUUUGAGCAUCCUGAGAUCAGGGAUCCCUUGGCUCAAUUCGCCCGUGAACUUUAUAUGCCACUAGUGGACCAACUGGGCUUCGAAUACGCUCCGGAUGACUCGCCCGAUGUCGUCUCACUACGUACGACGGCCAUACGUAUGGCCAGCGUCGGAGAAGACCCUAAAGUCAUCCAGGAAUUGAAGGGUCGUUUCAAGCACUUCGUGGAAACUGGCGACGACUCGAAGAUACCGGCUGACCUUCUCAGAACUACCUUCUCUGUGGCGGUGCGUCAUGGUGGUCGUGCAGAAUUCGACGCAAUGAAGCAUAUCCUUGGUCAGCCCAAGACCCCGACACAUGCUAUUGCUGCUAUGGUUGCCAUGGGCGCUACUCGCGACUUAGAGUUAGCGAAAGAGACCCUGGACUACAUGAUGACACAGGCGCGGGACCAAGACGUCAUGUACUUCGUCGCGUCUCUGGGUGCGAAUGAGAAGUCGAGACGGCUUAUGGCGAGCUUCUUCAAAGAACACUUUUGGGAUUUAUACAAACGGUUUGAAGGGAACUUCACACUGACGUCCCUGCUCAGGCUGUCUCUUGCAUCUCUCACAACUCAGCGUGAUUAUGAUGAGACGGUGGACUUCUUCAAGCAUAAAGACACCUCCAGAUAUCAUCUCGCAUACUUGCAGGCUCUCGAUAGCAUAAAGGAUAAUAUUGCUGUUAUUGAGCGUUCGACUUCUGACGUUGCACAAUGGUUGGAAAGUAGGAAGAAGGACUGA